AUGGCUAUGGCUUCCAGGACCGUCGGUCUACGGUCUGUGGCCUCACGGUCAACCUCCGCCUUAUCGCCCAGGCUGGCAGGUACUCCACUGCCUCGCACUUUUGCGACAUCAGCCCCCAGAGCCUCAGUCCUUGCUUCGUUCAAGGUACCCAAGAUCUUGAACGAGCCAAAUCAUCACUAUGCCAAGGGCUCGUCCCAAAGAGAAGGCCUGCUCUCCACUGUUCAGAAAGUCAAGAGCAAGGGCACAGUCAAGGUCCCGAUAGUAGUUGGUGGCAAAGAAAUCACAACUUCGUCUACCGGCAAGCAAUUGAACCCGUCCGACCACUCCGAAGUCGUGGCGACAUACUCAAAAGCUGGCCCGGAAGAUGUGAAGACGGCGAUUGAGUCUGCACUGGCUGCCAAGGACGCGUGGGCAUCACUGCCCUUCGCUGACAGGGCAGCCGUCUUCCUCAAGGCCGCAGACCUGAUCUCGACCAAAUAUAGGUAUGAGAUCAUGGCGGCUACCAUGCUCGGCCAGGGCAAGAACGCAUGGCAAGCCGAAAUCGAUUCCGCCGCAGAGCUUUGCGACUUUCUACGGUUCAAUGUGCAGUAUGCGGAGGAGCUGUACGCUCAGCAGCCCCAGCAUCACUCCACCGGUGUGUGGAACCGGCUAGAAUACCGGCCGCUCGAGGGCUUUGUAUACGCAAUCACCCCGUUCAACUUCACUGCCAUCGCCGGUAACCUGCCCGGUCUUCCUGCGCUGCUCGGAAAUGUGGUCGUGUGGAAGCCAUCCGACUACGCGAUCGCCUCCAAUUGGCUCCUCUACAACAUCUUCAUUGAGGCAGGCCUGCCCAAGGAUGUGAUCCAGUUCAUUCCAGGUGAGCCCGAGGAGAUCACCAAGAUCGUAUUAGGACACAAGCAGUUUGCCGCUCUCCACUACACAGGCAGCACUGCCGUGUUCCGCAAGCUAUACGGUCAGAUUGGCGAGGGCAUAGCCGAGGGACGCUACGUGGGCUACCCGCGCGUCGUGGGCGAGACUGGCGGCAAGAACUUCCACAUUCUCCACCCCUCUGCGAACGUCGAGAAUGCUGCCGUGCAGACAGUGCGGGGUGCAUUCGAAUUCCAGGGUCAGAAGUGCAGUGCGACCUCACGGGUCUAUGUGCCCAAGAGCCUCUGGCCCCAGUUCAAGGAGAAACUGGUCGAAGAGACCGAGAAGCUGAAGACUGGCGUGCCGUGGGAGCCUCAGAACUUCAUCGGCCCUGUCAUCCACACCGCGUCGUUCAACAAGCUCUCGGGCGCCAUUGAGGCGGCGAAGAAAGACAGCGAGCUGGAGUUGCUCACCGGCGGCACCUUCGACAACUCAAAGGGUUACUUUGUGAAGCCUACCAUCUACCGGACGACCAACCCUGCGCACCCUUACCUCAAGGCAGAGUUCUUCGGCCCCAUCCUGACGGCGUACGUGUAUGACGACAGCACGCCCGAGGGCUUUGUCAAGGCCUGCGAGCUGGUCGAUUCUACGACGGAAUACGGACUCACCGGCUCGGUUUUCGCAUCGGAUCGGGCGGCGGUCCGUGUCGCGGAGGAGGCGCUCCGGAACGCGGCGGGCAACUUUUACAUCAACUGCAAGAGCACGGGUGCAGUAGUCGGACAGCAGCCAUUCGGCGGCGCAAGAGCAUCGGGCACGAACGACAAGGCUGGAAGCUCAGCGAUCAUGGGGAGAUUUGUGAACAUGAGGACGUUGAAGGAGGAAUUUGGUGCCACUACAAAGGUGGAAUACCCGAGCAACGAGAUUUGA